AUGCCCCGAGGCCGCAAGCCCCGUGCUGACUCGAGUGCGAGUAUCAGCAGCUUUGACUCGAGUGCGGAAGAGGCAGAAACUGCCCUGGCAUCUUCUCAAGAGAAGCCUCAAUCGCCGUCGGUGGUUUACCCCGAGGCUCACAUAUUUAAAGCCGUGGCGGAUCCUGCGCAGCUACCUCUAGUUGUCAUAGCAAAUGCUGUGGCGUAUGAGGGGAAGCAACUGGUCAAUUUUCUCACCGCCAUCAAGGCCGGUGGUCUGGUCCUGGAGGGCCAGAUCGAGGUUGACGAGGACUUUGCGGAAAUAUUGGCUAAGGAUCGCAACGGCGCGACUCUCAAUGGAGCUCGUGUUGCGGUGAAAGACAUAACUGGUUACUCAAUCGCCCAGGGCCCCGUGACCCUCUGGGUACACUCGCGCUAUGCGUGCUACGAGGUUCGCGCAGGAGAAGCAUACCGUUCUAUAAUGAUGGAAAUAAAUGCUGGAGUAGGAAUCAUUUACAACGCCGUGGACUUUUAUCCCGCGCACAUGACAGGUUCCUUGGACUCGGAGGGAGAGGUGACGGCUGUUCUCGAGCGCUUCGCUGGCCAAUGCAGUGGUUCGGGCGCGUCCCUCGAUGAACUUGUCCGGCUUUGCCGGAAGAUGGCUCCGGUCAUCAUGGAGCAAAUGGAGCUGGAGAGUACGAGCCUGAAGAAGACAAUCUUCUACAGCUGGCUGCAACAGGCAUGUCCCGAUCUGGGUAUUGGGGGGGAUUUCGACCCGCUGGGCCCAUCUCCUCCUUCCCCUUCCGCCAGCCCUUCCGCUAUCACUACCCUUUCUUUCUCUUCCCCACCUUCCUCUCUACCUGCUUCUGCUUCUCCGCCGCUCCGCAUGAACAAGGUCCACCACGGCGACUAUUGCAGCCCCGAAUUUCCCGAUGGUCUCCCGGUCGGAACAGGUGGAACCAUUCAUGUGACCGAUGCGGCUCUGGCGCUCUUACAUCAUGCCAAGGCAACCGGCCGAGGUGAUUACAAAACCAUUUCCUUCGAGUGCGUGGCCGAUUCCAUGUAUCGAGAUUUCAGCUUGUCCCAUCGCGCCGUCGGCCUCCAGCUGGUGGCCACGUUUGCGACGGAGAUUGCGGAUGGGUUGGGCCCAGAAUGGCAGGAUACGGUUCUGGUCAAGGCACUCCGGGAACUCGAUCCGGCAGCCACCCACAUCAAGCCCGGUAGCAUCCACGAGAAGACGUUGAAGCGGGUGGUGAGCAAGUCAUACCAGAUCAGCCACCGCAAACGGACCGCCGCUCAUGGCCAGAUCAACCGCAAGAAUAAGAGCCAGGAUCGUGAGCAGGAUCAGGACGAGGAUCAGAGCGGGAAGGAGAAGGCGAGUAAAAAGCAGAAGAUGAGCGAUGACGCCCCGGCACGCCCGCAGCAGCAACAGCAGCAGUAUCAGCGCCCAGUAUCCCAUAGGGAUAUGAUGAUCGACCCAGUGCUUCAAGCACUGUCCCCUCCGCUGGCCGACCAGCAAUUUCAAUCCCUUCCAAAUGUUGCAGCCACCGCGUAUAUCGUCGACAAGGUCAAUGCUUUAGCUGCUGCGGAAGAUACCGAGGACACCCAGAUGGCUGGAACCGGCGAAGAGGUUGAGGAUGAGGACGAGGACGACCUCUUCGUUCCUCUUCGCCAUCCUCGCAUGCGCUAG